GCGGCGGGGGCGCGGAAAUCGAGGCCGGGGCUCCACCGCGGCCUAGCUGCUGCAGCGGGAGGAGGCGGAGAGGAGGCCCAGCCGCCGCCGCCGCCGCCCCCGCCGCCGGCCUUUGUCUCCGCUGGGCCGGGCGGACGCGGCGGGGGCAGUUAGAAUGGAACACGCUGAAGGCCCUAUGAGAAGAAGGGAAAGCUAAGGAUGCUGGAGCAGAACAAUGGAUUUCUCUUUCUCUUUCAUGCAAGGGAUCAUGGGAAACACAAUUCAGCAACCACCUCAACUCAUUGACUCGGCCAACAUCCGCCAAGAGGACGCCUUCGACGGCAGCAGCGACAUUGCUGAAGAUGGUGGGCAGACCCCCUACGAGGCAGCGCUGCAGCAGGGCUUCCCUUACCCUGCACCCGCAGCAGAGGAGCUCCCCCCCCUCACCAACGGCUACCCCCCGGCCAUCAACAUGUACGAGCCUCAAGCCAAAUACCAGACGUACAGCCAGUACCCCAAUGGCUCAGCCAACGGGUUUGGGACGGUCAGGACCUUCAGCCCCCCCGACUAUUACCAACUGGAGCACGCGAGGCCGCACGAUGCUGUGGAGAAGGCUUCUCCUCCGCAGCCACCGCCUCCACCACCACCACCACCUCCUCCUUCGGUGAUUCCAAAGAAGACUGGCUCACCAGAGAUCAAACUAAAAAUAACCAAAACUAUCCAGAACGGCAGGGAAUUGUUUGAGUCCUCUCUCUGUGGGGACCUUUUAAAUGAAGUACAAGCGAGUGAGUAUGCUAAGGCGAAACAUGAAGGGAGGAAAGAGAAAAGGAAAAAGAGUAGCAAGCAUGACUCUUCCCGCUCGGAAGAGCGCAAGUCCCACAAAAUCCCCAAAUUAGAACCAGAGGAGCAAAAUAGACCAAAUGAGAGGCUUAGCAUGCUGCCAGAAAGACCAAGAGAAGAUGCAGUGUUGGAGGAGACCCCGGUCCAGCAGUUCUUACCUUCCCUUCCAACGCAAGGGCCCCAUGACAUCAAGUUUCAGGUUGGCGAUCUGGUUUGGUCCAAGGUGGGGACAUACCCGUGGUGGCCUUGCAUGGUUUCAUGUGAUCCGCAGCUUGAUGUUCAUACCAAAAUCAAUACAAGAGGUGCCCGGGAAUACCACGUCCAGUUCUUCAGCAACCAGCCGGAGCGCGCGUGGGUGCACGAGAAGCGGGUUCGGGAGUACCAAGGCCACAAGCAGUACGAGCAGUUACUGGCUGAGGCUGCUAAACAGGCCAGCAACCACUCCGAGAAGCAGAAGAUCCGCAAACCAAGGCCGCAAAGGGAGCGUGCUCAGUGGGAUAUUGGUAUUGCCCAUGCUGAGAAAGCCUUGAAAAUGACUCGGGAAGAAAGGAUAGAACAAUACACCUUCAUUUAUAUAGACAAAGAGCCAGAGGAGGCUUUGUCAAAAGCCAAAAAGACUGCUGCUGCUAAAUCAGAGAGCAAGAAGAACCGGCGACCCAAGCCAGCGCUGAGCACCCAGCCUGACCAUGCCACUGGGGCAGCAGCAUCGCCUUCCAGCGCUGAGGGACGGAGGCAAAGCCAGCGGAGGCAGUCGAGUGUGGAGGAAGAGGAGGCUCCUCCAGUGAAAAUCGCCUGGAAAACGGCCGCAGCCAGGAAAUCCUUACCAGCUUCCAUCACCAUGCACAACCUGGACCUCCAAAAGUGUAACAUGUCUCCAGUUGUUAAAAUUGAACAGGUUUUUGCCCUUCAGAAUGCUGCUGGGGAUGGAAAGCUCAUCGAUCAGUUUGUUUAUUCCACUAAGGGAGUCGGGAACAAACCUGAGAUAAGUGUCAAGGGACAAGAGAAGCUGAAUUCUUCAUCGAAUCAGAGAAACGAGAAAGCAGCGGUGCAGAACGCGUCCUCUCCUGAAACAACUUCUGGGUCCACAGGUUGUGUAGAAAAGAAGCAACAGAGAAGAUCCAUUCGAACCCGCUCAGAGUCUGAGAAAUCCACUGAAGUUGUGCCAAAGAAGAAGAUCAAAAAGGAGCAGGUUGAAAUGGUUCCCCUGGCAGCAGUGAAGACAGGAUUGCAGAAAGGUGCCAGCGAGAUUUCAGAUUCUUGCAAGCCUUUGAAGAAGAGGAGUCGAGCCUCAACCGACGUGGAACUGACCAGCUCUGCUUACAGGGACACGUCUGACUCCGACUCCAGGGGACUCAAUGACUUACAGGGUAGUUUUGGCAAGCGUUCGGACAGCCCCUCGGCUACUGCGGAUGCUGAUGCCUCUGAUGUGCAGUCAGUGGACUCCAGCCUGUCCAGGAGAGGGACUGGGACAAACAAAAAGGACACUGUUUGUCAGAUCUGUGAGAGCUCCGGCGAGGCUCUGGUGUCCUGCGAGGGCGAGUGUUGCAGCGUCUUCCACAUGGAAUGUCUUGGCUUGAAGUCCAUGCCUGAGGAGAAGUUCAUCUGCGCUGAGUGUAAAAAUGGAGAACACACGUGCUUUUCCUGCAAGCUCCCUGGCAAGGACGUGAAGCGCUGCUCGGUCAACACGUGUGGCAAGUUCUACCACGAGGCCUGUGUCCGGAAGUUUGCCACGGCUCUCUUUGAGUCCCGGGGCUUCCGCUGCCCGCAGCACUGCUGCACUGCCUGCUCCAUGGAUAAGGAUAUUCAUAAAGCAAGCAAAGGUCGCAUGGUGAGAUGUUUCAGAUGUCCCAUUGCCUAUCACUCAGGAGAUGGCUGUAUUGCUGCAGGAAGCUUGUUUGUGUCAUCCCACAUUCUCAUCUGUAGUAACCAUUCCAAAAGGAAUCACUCCUCAUCAGCUGUAAAUGUAGGCUUUUGUUUCGUUUGUGCAAGAGGGCUGGUAGUGCAGGAUCAUUCAGACCCCCUGUUCAGUUCAUAUGCCUAUAAGUCCCACUACCUACUGAAUGAGUCAAAUCGUGCUGAGUUGAUGAAAUUACCUAUGAUUCCUCCUCCUUCGUCAGCUUCCAAAAAGAAAUGUGAGAAAGGUGGAAAACUGUUGUGCUGUGAGUCCUGCCCAGCUUCCUUUCACCCCGAGUGUCUCAACAUAGAAAUGCCAGAGGGAUGCUGGAAUUGCAAUGACUGUAAAGCUGGCAAGAAGCUACGGUACAAGCAGAUCGUUUGGGUCAAGCUUGGGAAUUACAGGUGGUGGCCAGCAGAGAUCUGCAAUCCCAGGUCUGUGCCUCUCAACAUACAGGGCCUCAAACAUGAUAUCGGGGACUUCCCAGUAUUUUUCUUUGGUUCACAUGACUACUAUUGGGUACACCAGGGCAGAGUUUUCCCUUAUGUUGAAGGAGAUAAAAGCUUUGCUGAGGGGCAAACUAGUAUUAACAAGACCUUCAAGAAAGCACUUGAAGAAGCAGCAAAGCGCUUCCAGGAACUGAAAGCACAAAGAGAAAGCAAAGAGGCAUUGGAAAUAGAAAGGAAUUCGAGGAAACCUCCGCCAUAUAAACACAUUAAAUCCAACAAGGUGAUAGGGAAGGUUCAGAUCCAGGUGGCUGACCUGUCGGAGAUCCCUCGCUGUAACUGCAAGCCCUCGGAUGAGAACCCCUGUGGCCUGGAAUCAGAGUGUUUGAACAGGAUGCUGCAGUACGAGUGCCACCCCCAAGUGUGCCCUGCAGGAGAGCGGUGCCAGAACCAGUGUUUCACCAAAAGACUCUACCCUGAUGCUGAAAUCAUCAAAACCGAUCGACGGGGAUGGGGCCUCAGGACAAAAAGGAGCAUUAAAAAGGGUGAAUUUGUGAAUGAAUAUGUUGGUGAGCUGAUCGAUGAGGAGGAGUGCAGACUGCGCAUCAAGCGCGCGCAUGAGAACAGCGUGACCAACUUCUAUAUGUUAACUGUAACAAAGGACCGGAUCAUAGAUGCUGGCCCAAAGGGGAAUUACUCUCGGUUUAUGAACCAUAGUUGUAAUCCAAACUGUGAAACACAGAAGUGGACAGUGAACGGGGACAUUCGAGUUGGACUGUUUGCUCUUUGUGACAUUCCUGCAGGGAUGGAGUUAACCUUUAAUUACAACUUGGAUUGCCUGGGCAAUGGGAGGACCGAGUGUCAUUGUGGAGCAGAAAACUGCAGUGGUUUCCUUGGGGUGCGUCCAAAGACAGCAUUUGCAACAGCAAACGAAGAGAAGGUGAAGAAUGCGAAGUUAAAGCAGAAGAAGAGGAAAAUAAAAACAGAGCAGAAGCAGAUGCAUGAAGACAACUGCUUCCAGUGUGGAGACGGGGGAGAGCUAGUCAUGUGUGACAAAAAGGACUGUCCCAAAGCAUACCACCUCCUAUGCCUUAACCUGACUCAACCCCCUUUUGGAAAGUGGGAAUGUCCAUGGCAUCAGUGCGACGUCUGUAGCAACCCUGCUGUUUCCUUCUGCGAGUUCUGCCCUCACUCCUUCUGCAAAGACCACGAGCAGGGAGCGCUGGUGCCGUCGGCACUGGACGGCCGCCCCUGCUGCUCCGCGCACGACCCCAAGUCUCCUGUGGCACCCGAGUACUGGAGCAAGAUCAAGUGCAAAUUGGAAGCACAGAACCCCCCUGAAGAAGCCAAGGAGUGAAUUUGGUUCCAAAGAGCCAAGGGAAGGGGAGAAGAGAGGGGCAGGCAGGCGAUGAACUCAACGAGGCUGCUUGGACACGUUCAGUCUUUGGCAUCGUCGCGUGCGGACUGGGAUCGGGACCGUUUCCUCUGAGCGAGCAGGAGCAGGCGGUGGUGGUUGGGUUUUGUUGUUUGGUCUUUCUUUUACCCUUGAAUGUGCUACAGCAGCUCUUCCUGGGGGCAAGCAGAGCCGCCUCGGCCUUCGACGGAGAAACCUUUUGACAGUGAAAAGAAUAUCCCGUUUCCAACCUGUUCUCUUGAGUGUAGAAAAGCAAAUCAUAAGCAGCAUAUUUAUUUAUUUAAUUUUGAAAGGGUUGUGGAAGAUCUGGCUUUGCUCGGGCUUCGUGGCUUUAGGAACAAAGCAGCAAAGCCAAGGGCACCUCUGUGUGUGGUUGACGGCAAGGACAAAGCCUCCCCACUCUGUAAUGCUGAGGUGCCACACGGGCAGAUGUGGGGUUCAGACCAGGUGACCCUGAAAUGCCUCUAUGGCAGUGUUUACUGUUCUAAGGCAUGUGGAGAAGGUAGGUUAUGUUCAUGUUAACCUCUGAAUGUUGGUGUCAAGCUUUUCCAGUGAGAAGUGAGGUGGGUGACAUCUUGGAAGUGCUCCUAAUGCCGGAUCUGGCACUGGGAAAGGAGGGCAGGAAUUGCAGCUCCCUGCUGGAGCUCUGAAGUGGGUGCUUGCAGGCAGGUGGAAAUGCAGAUGGAGCUGAAUGACACAAUGGGCAUUCCAUUAUCCUGCCUAACGGGGAAACCCUUCCCUGUCAGGACAGCCUCAGCCUGCAAGCACACUUGGAACUGAAGUCUUAAUCCUGCCUGUGGGAGCACUGCCAUUGACUUCUGCAGAGGGAGGAGGACAAAUCCCUGCUCUGUGUGUAGGUGUUUGUCCCCUCCCAGGUCCAUGCUUGUUUCCCUGCAGUUGAGUCCGUGUGAUUCCUUCCUGCUGCCUUCCCAGGCUCCCGUUAGCUUCAAAUCCAAGGAGAUUUGAGCACGGAAGGAAUCAGACCCUUUGCUUUGAAUGCUUAGGUAUUACUUUUGCUGAGAGAGCUUCUGGCUUUCAUCGUUGUUGAUGGAGCUCAGGAAGAUCUCAGCACUUCAGUGAACAGGGUAUUCUCCACCUGGGUCAUGGGCUGUGUUCACAGCAGCCAACUUGAGCCUCCUGAAACAGUUCUCCCUUGGAUUUCCUCUGCUAGAGAGGCUUUUGAAGGGGCUGCUCCAGGAGUAGGUUCCUUUAAGAACCUAUUCCCUUCUUUUCCUUGUGCAAGGAGUCUGGAGAACUGCUUUCCCCUUUGGUGCACCCUUCACCCAAGCACUGUGUGUCCCCCCCCUUGCCCUGGUGCAGUUAGAACACACUUCUGACGUGUGUGCUGGAGAAUGAGGUAUUGAAGAGAAGGGAUUCCUAUCAUGUGUUGCUGGCAUCUGGCUCAUUGAAGCCUUUGGGAUCAGAGCUGUGUCUUUAGGAAGCCUCCAGCAAGGUGGUGACUUCUCAGUUAAGCAAAUCAAAGGCAGAAGGACAUGGGAGGUUGGUAGAAGGUGCCUUGCUUCCAGCUGGUGAUGGCUUAGCCCUCACGUUAGGGGUUGGAAUCUGUUUGCCAGGCACUUGGAAAUGACAGGAUACACUACAGUGCCAUUCACUGAGCCAGCAGCUCACCUCCUGAGCACCCAUGGGUGCUUGGGGUGUACCUGGAGGGGGUCAGGUCUGGUACACAGGCUCCUGGGCUGUGCCAAGCGCUUCAUCUUGGGCUCUGUGCUACAGAGAACAUCUGAAACACUAAUGCUGCUGCAAAGCAGUGCUCUCUUUUGGUACUUUUUACACAGCAAAAAGCCCUUUGCAGAAAAGGUUUUCUUUUUGUUCCCUUUCCCAGUGAUAAAUGUCUCUUUUUCUUCCCUUUUCCGGUGAUAAAUGUCUGUUUUUAGGCUCUUACUGGGGCUGUUGGCCCUUUUCAGCAGUGCCAGACAUAGCUCUUGCUGUGGUAAGGCCCACGAUGUGCUUACUUCAGCUCAUGUAUUAGCCUUGAUCAUGUUCAGAUGAUGUUCUCUUGGGAAUGCAGAGCGUGGCUAUGGGGUGAGUGCAGUUUUCCCUGGCUCCAUGGUGGGAAUGGUGUGAGGGCACCAGGACCCCCUCAUGAGCACUCCACAUGGUGGGGAGUGGAAGGGUGAGAGCCAUGGAGCAUCCUUCACCUCGCAGGCCACAUAGAAGGCUUCAAACCAUGUCAAAUGCUGUGGGUUGAGGGUUCCUGCUGCUCCUGUGCCAUGCACUCGAGGUCUUGCUUCAUUUUGGUCUCAGACUUCUUACAGGUGCUUCUUUUUGCCACCAAAAAAGCUAAGAUUAAGGAUAGCCAAAACCUGGAGCAACAGGAGAUUGGUUUGUAAGCUGGGGAGCAAAGAGUCUGAACUGGAUUCCAUGCUGUUGGAGAGAAGGUGAAUCUUUAAUGUUCUGAGCUAAGCAAAUGCCUCAUUGAAGCAUCUUAACUGUAGGGUUGUUCUCUUUGCCAAACACAAUGUUCAAACACACCUUUUAACCCCAUCUCAGCAAACUGGACAGUGAUAACGGCAUUCCUUCACCAGGUUAAUGGAUGGAUGCUCCACUUGGCAUCACAGGGGAGCUGUAUCCUCAACUGGAACCAGUAAUACUGGGUGGUAAUGUGGCUGUUUCAUGCUGAUGCCUGGAAGCAAUCCACAGGAUUUUGGUCAAGAGCUUGAACCUGCUCUUCAAGACCCAGUUAUUCCUUCACCCCAAUGCCCUGGCACACUUGUCCCUUGCUUUGUCUCCCAUUCCUAAGGGAGCACCACGCUCCAGCUCCCUCUCCAUCACCCUCGUGCUCCCUUUUGGUGCAGCCUCAAAGCUGCCAUGUGAAGUGGACAGGAUUGUGUUGUUUCCUGGGGCUUGUACUCGAGGUUGCACCUUAGCACAGCACAGACCAUGGUGGCCAAAGGCUGGUUGAGUCCCUGCAUCCAUCCAUGGUGCAAGCAUUUAGGUGUAGCUUUCAGGUCAUUUAUGUAGACUUGUCCUCUCCAUAGACUGUCGAAGGCAUUUGCAGCUCAGGAAGGAUAAAGGUGGGAGGGAGGAGGCAAAUUCCCUUCUCUGGUCACCACCCUGGUCUUGGAGAUACCCAUUGGAAUGGAAUAGUAGGGCCGGAAUGUUGGAUUUUGGCCUUUCUUUGGAAGAAACCCUUUCUUUGUAUCUUUCAUUUCAGGAUAGAAUGGGAAAGACCCAAUUCCUCGCCGUACUGAGCAGCAUCCAGUCUGUAUAUAGUGAAUCUUUAUGGGGCUCUGUGGGUUGGAUGGGGAGGGGGGUGUCCAGCGCUGGUACGAAGUCGUCACUUUACCAUUGAAACCUCUGCCUCAUUGAAUUCAGGGUUUAAUGUACUUGAAGCUCCGCGGUUCCUUCUCCAGCUUUGGUUCGUUUGCCUUUAUUUAUGUGUUCCUUCCAUAUCCUCCAUUGCAAAACGUCUUUGGCCUUCCCUCAACUCCCUCUGGACACUGGAAUCCGUGGCCCAUGGAAAGGGGGCGGAUGUCAGGCAUCACCGGAGGGUGAUGCUGCUCAGCUUCCGGGUUUCCCUUGGCUUUCCCCUCCCUGCUCCGCUUGGGAUGGGUUCCCAAUGGUCUCAGUGUAAAGGAAAAGGUAACAAAUCCCCUACCAACAUAAGGUGGUUCCUGUUACAUUCCAUCCCUGAGCCCCAUGUGGGGCUGUGCUGUGGGGAGAGGGAUGCUGUGCUUCAUACACCUCCAGAAGGGAAACCGUGUUUGACUUUGCCAAAGCCAUUCACUCCUUCACCGCCUCUGCUGUUACCAACAGGCUCUAGGGAACCAUUCCCCAUCUUGUCUCAUUCCCGGUGUCCUUCUCAAUCCAAGGGGUUAUUGGGCCUUGGGAUCCGAUGCCAUUGGCACAAGGCAGGUACGUGCGGAUCCCGUUUCCAUCCCCCCUUGUGCUCUGCGGAUGCCCUAUUGUAGAGUCGUUACCUCCAUCACCCUUAUCCGUACCAACCCUUGUAGGUCCUGUGAGAUGUCCCGUUCAGGCAAUCCCUCCUAGCAAACGCAUCCAUAGUCACUGAAGCCGGUAUCCUAAAGGAGUCCUUGGGAGUCGCCUGGAAGCUCUCCACACUAAGGGAGCAGUUCCCUUUCCCUGGCCAUGUUCCAUUGGGGCAUUAACUGUAUUAUGACUUGAUGUUGCCGCAUAGACUUUGGGAUAGCCGAUAUGGGGGGGGUUUGUUGUCCGGCCUAUGUUCUGCAUAGUGUGAAACCUGUAAAGCUUGGUUAACCCUGUACAUAGGUAGCUGCCCGUCCCCUAGUUAUAGCGUACCUAGACUUGCCUGUAAUAUUCUAGCUUCCUCCUUGAAUGUGUGUGAUGGUAGGAACCAUAUAAUAAUUUUUGUACAUUCUAUUUCUGGAGAUGUUGCCCCUUUUUGGUUGUUUUAUUUUUUAUUUUCCAACUCCUUUGGAAUUCGGAUGUGGUUUUUUGGGUUUUUUUGGGUUCUUUUUUGCUUCCGUGAGGAUUCGUUUGGGAAGGUUUUUAAAUGACAUUCCACUGAUCUGAACUUUUGCUUGAGGUUGACUUCAAUAAAUGGUUCUGAAUGUUCCAAUGA